ACUAGCUAAAUGUUUAGUUGGCGCUAACGUUAGCCAACUAAACACUCGGCAUACGACCUCGGCUAGGUCCCGCGAUAACUUGUUAAGAUAGCGUUAGGAGCUGGUGCUCGAGCGCCUUAGCGGACGACGUUGACCAAGCUUCAGUUGACGCACGAAGUGCGUCAACUGAAGCUUGUUAGCGCGACCUCUUCUCAGCACCUGGCUGGAAACGUUACAGCCCACUUGAACUCACCUCACCGCAAAUGACAGUAGUCUGGCUGAUGUUUUACUGGAGCUGGUAAACAUAGGUUGCUUAAUAGCAGGCUGGGAAAGAAGUGCAGAACUUUACUAACUUCAGAGGGCGAGUGAACAGAAGCGUUUGUUAGCUAAGUCUGUUGUCUGAGGAAGGAAAGAAAUGCAGUCUGUGGUCAAACAGAACCUCCAUUCGGAGACCGAGGGAGACAUUAACAAACUCAUCAACCUGAAGCUCGGUGCAUCCUACACCUACCUUGCCCUGGGGAUGUAUUUUGACAGGGAUGAUGUUGCCUUGCCAAAAUUUUCCAGUUUUUUCCUGGAGCGCUCAGUGAAAGAGAGAGAACAGGCUGAAAAGCUGCUGGAAUAUCAAAACAUGAGAGGAGGCCGAAUUUUGCUUCAGACUAUUGCUAAACCAAGUAGAGAGGACUGGAGAGGUGGUCUGGACACAAUGUCUUUUUCCCUCGACUACCAGAAGUCCCUCAACACGUGUAUUCUUGAUGUGCACCGCAGAGCUAGCAUCCACACUGACCCUCACCUGUGUGACUUCCUCGAGCAGCACUUCCUCCCCGACAGCCACGACACCAUCAAGAAGCUGGGCGAUUACGUUGGAAGUCUGACCCGCAUCACUGCGUCUGAGACACAUGGUCCUUUGGGAGAAUACCUCUUUGAUAAACACACUCUGUAAAGGUCACAGCAGUACAGUGACACAAGCUACACAUUUCGAAAGAUACACAGAGUCAAGAGGGCAAUAGCCCCUCACAAUGCAAGUAUUUUUUUUUCCGUUAAAACAGAAAAUAGUUCUACACCCCAAACUUAAUUCUUGUACCUAUGGCACAAGAGAAGUUAGAAGCAAAAUAACAGAAAAUACCUCAGUUUUUCUGAAAACCACAGUGAAAAAAUAAUGUUCUCACUAAUAUGGUGCUAAAAACUACAAUUUUCCUAUGGUCACUUGUUCAUUUACUCUCAUUUGUGUCAUGUGUCAUGCAUUCCAUUGUGUCAGAGGUUUGAACCUUCACAAAUGUUUUAUAAAAACGCAUACUAUUUUGAGUCAGUCAAAAUGAUUUAAAGACUUUAAAAUUUGGAUGAUCAUGGAAACAUUGAAUAAAGUCAGAUUAUGCUAAUA